UUGAAGUCAGUAGCGAACAGCUAUUAGGAGAGCGCAUCGAGAGAGCGCAUUGUCCAAUGGCAUACAAUAUCGUGUAUAACACUAGGCAGUAUAAAACGUCAAGCACAUAUGAAUAAUGUUAGACGUUGAGCUGUGCUGGUCAGUGCUGUAUGAUUUACGAGAAAGACCAUUAACCAGAUUUGCAUUUGGUCAUUAAAUUGGGGUAAUUCAUGGAUGCAUUUUGUGUGAACAAGUGGUAUUAACUUGAAUCAUUUUUUGGAUGUUUUAGAAAACGAAAAAAAAAUAACAAUGGCGAGCGCGGAACAAAUAGACGAUUUUCAGGACAUAUUUUUGGAAAAUAUUUCUAUUCUGAAGAAUUUUUCAUACGAUGUAAGUUUAAGUGACAGCGGUGAUUUGGAAAUUAAUAGAAAUUGUUCGGAGGAAUUUCUUCUAUACGCAAGGGCGAUGGAAACAAGUAACCAUUCUUCGCUAACUUUUGAAGAGAAGCAAAACCUUGAACAGGUUAAACAUGCACUCUACUUUGUUGUCAUUCCUGCCGUCUGCGUUUUCGGAUUCUUUGGAAACAUUUUAAAUAUUGUUGUAUUUUCAAAGAAGAAAAUGUGCAAAACCCUGGAUGAAAUCGAGUACUGCACAACGAUAUUUUUAAUAGCGCUCGCUAUUUCGGACAUGAUGUUCUGUUUCAGUACAUUUCCACACGUAUUUGAAACAAGAACGGACGGAAUAUACGGAAAAAAAGAUUUCUUGCUAUUCUACAAACUGUACGCGGCCUUCGCCAUAAAUACCUUCAUCAUGUCCAGUACAUUGUUGACGGUAAUCACGGCAAUAAUGCGGUAUACGGCAAUUUGUCACCCUUUUCAUUCGAGACAAUUUAUCUCAUUCAAGAAAACAAUCGCGGCCAUCGUUCUGGUAUUUACGUUCAGCGCAGCUUUCAAUGCUCCUCAAUUGUGGCGGCACGCUAUUGAGGACGUAAAAUGCCAGGGUCCGGAGCAAUUUGUGAGGCUUGAAAAUGGGAAGCCCUUUCGAGAUGAGAAGUUUGUGUACAUUCAACGUCUUCUUUUGGCGAUUGUUGGCAACUUUAUACCACUGAUAUUGCUGUUGUACUGUAACAUACGUCUUGUGAAAGCCCUACAUGAAAGCCAACAGCUACGCCUGCUACACAGCAGAGAUAACUCCGGGUGUUUGUCGGCACACAGACGGAUAAACAUAACACUCAUAACGAUUAUCAUAUUGUUCUUUGUGCUCGUUGCCCCCUCUGAGAUAUCAAAGUUUAUCUCCUACAUCUCUCACUCGCACUCCGGCAAAGGAAGCUAUACAUAUUACCUUGUGUCAAUGAUAACGAAUACCCUUCAGUGUAUAAACUUCUCCGUCAACUUUGUUCUAUAUUAUGUGAUCAUCGCGCCCUUCAGAAGGACGAUUCAUGAGUUCGUGUGUGUUCUGAUGUCGCGAAAGGGGACUCGAGAAUCGACAAACAGUCAACAAAAACAAACAUGUAUUGUGCUUACUCUAAAGGAACAGAGACGGAACCUUAUAUAAGUAAGAUACAAGGUAUUCGACCCAAAUAAAGCGCACAUUUAUGCUUGGUGGUACUAUCUUAUUUCCAAUUCGUUUCAUUUGUUUAUCAUAGGAAAUAGAACACUUAACAAAUGAUUUAGCCAAAUUUUUACACGUCAGCUCUUUGAUCUAGUAUACAGAAAAUAUAGAAAUUUUACUUCAUUUUGACUUCAUAUAUAGAAUAGAAGUAAUAACUUCAAAUCUGAAAUCUGAAUCUAUCUAUCUGAAAUAAGUUAUGGGGCAUUUAUUUUGAAUAACUUGAAUCAUCAAAGAAAUACAUUUUAGAAGAGAGCAGUAAUACAUUGGGUCAACACCUAUCAACAUCUAACAUCAUGGUUAUUGUAAUCAUCAGCUAUUCAGCCUAGUUAUUGGUUGAAUACCUUAAAGAUAAUUCAAUUGGCAAAGAUAGUGUCAAUCGAAUAAUUUUACGAUACAUUAUGUUUAAGAUGCAAAUGUAUUACAGUUUGAUGAUCAAACAGAAGAAUAAUUGCAUAGAACAAUGAUGGAUAUGGAGAUUAUUGUGUUGAAAUGACUUGCUUUUAAAAAGCAAAUAGUCAUAACCCGCAUUCUAAAUUGAACGCUUUAUGUAAAUAAUCAUACAGUAAAACACCGUUGGCUCGAACUCACAGGGACCGUCGAAAAUACCUCGAGUCUCGGAAAAUUCGAGCCAAGCAGGAAUGCGUACCUUCAGAAUAUAGAAAUCGGUCCUUUACAUCCAGUUCAAACCAACAAGAAGUUCGAACCAAGCGAGUUCGAGCCAACGGGUUUUGACUGUAAUUUCAUUUAAUGCUGAAUGAAUCAUGAAAAAUUAUACUUCAUGUCUUCACAUUUCGGUUUGAAUGUCUGACCCAAGAUUUACAUGUGAACCCAGUAACUAUUAAUAUGUAAGUUGUUUGUUGAUCAAUUGGUAUUUUAAAAUGUUUUAUUGUUGUUUGGUUAAUGUUUGUUUCUUGAAAUCAUGUGCAUUAAAAAAAAAAAACAGACAAUGUCAAUUACAUGUAUUAUUGUAAGUAAGGAGUAAAAAAUAUCCGCAUUCCCGACCUACCCUAUUUUGUUUGCUCCGACCCUAAAUCUUUUUAUUGCCUUGUGAAAUAUUUUUUAUCAUUUUUUUUCCUAUGAAAGUUAAUCAUUGAGUGUUUUGGCCUUAACAAUACCAGUGAUGCGGAUACUGUUUGUUUACAAAAUGUUCUUAAGCAUAUAAAACAUUGUUUUUCGUAACCGAAUGAUCUCAAAAACAAUUUGCCUAACGAAAAAAUAAAAUAUUUUCCAACCUACUACUAAAUUGUUUAGGGGCAUGAAGCCAUAAACACUUUUUCACAUUAAUAUACUUAGGAUAAACAUUAUGUCGUGUUCAGAGGAAUGAAGGGCAUACUAUAUGUAU